GUGUUGGAAAUUGAGCGCCAAGAUUGUUCUUACGAACUUGAUAGCAGGUCAGCUGAUGGUGAAUGCUCCCUACAUAUAUCUUUGUUUGUUGACUUUUCCACCCACUCGCUAGAAAACCUCAUUCUUUGUUUUCAGUUGCUUCUUUUGGAUUAUGUCUGGGCCACAGCUGCCGAAAUGUGUGUUUCUUGUUAAAUCCAAUAAUGUUUUUAGCUCUGGGAUACUGUAUGAAGCUCGCUAUACAAGAGUCUCUUCAUAAUUUCGAACAAAGCAUACAACUUUCCACAAGGUUGUCAAACACCAGCUACGAGAACUUUGCUGAAAUGGUUUCUCAUUUAAAUCAACUGUGUAUCUCUACUUUCGGAGAAAAGUGUUCGUUUGUAAAAUUCUUUGUAAAGAAGCAACCGCAAAAUCUUUUCUGGAGAUUUUCAACCAAAGUCUUCUGUAGAAUUUCAGAAAAAAACCGUUCAGUAUAUAGAACUUUUGAACUGAUUGAAUUUUUGCGGUUAUAUGAUAAAAUCGUCCACUUCAAGUCAAUGAUUGAUUCCCAACCUCAGAUGCAGAAUGUUACCAGUGAAAUGUCUGAUGACCCUUGUUGUAUCUGCUUUGAUAGAGAGCCUGAUACCGUUCUUGCCUGCAUGCACGCGUUCUGCCAACCAUGCAUUUACAAAUGGGCCAGAAUUGGUUAUAAAUUACCAUCAGAACGUUCAGAAUCGUCUACUGGUCAAGCAUCAAGCAGCUGUCAACCCUCAGAUAGUAAUCGCAGUCAAUGCCCUAUCUGUAGGUCAACGUGUACAAAUAUCUCUACAUCUUGGGCGUUAAUUGGCGUUCAGUUACCAAAAAACCAUUUACACCAAAUCUCGGGCAUUGUUUUUCGUUUAAUCUCACGUACUGGUCGACCGUCAGAUACAUUUCCUGAAGUUGGUGAUGAUGAUGGUAAUGAUCGCAGAGAAGAAACAACUCACACUGUUAUUGGUCAUAAGCAUAAUCCCACAUAGAAUGUCUUACAUCGUAACAUGCUGUACAGUAACUUAUGAUUAUUUUACAUUUUUCUUCGAUCUCCACUAACACAUCCAAUCUGAUAUUUUACUAUUACAGUCGUUUGAACUACGAAAUCGAAAUUAGUUUUUCCAUUGAAUCAAUAAAUUCUAUGGCAGUAUCUUGGUUUUUUCAAAGUUGAUCAUUAACUCUUUACCAAACCUAUAAACUAAAUGUAAAAGUUAACUGACAGUUUUUUCUAAUUUUUUCAUCUUCAUAGUUAAAUUUUCUGCAUACUUUUUCAUAUAUAUAUAUCCGAUUUCGAAUUCUAAGUCAGUAAAGUUAACUCACUUAUCUAUUUUGGUUAGGUUUACUAAUUCCUCUUCGGUCAAUAACCUACCGACCAUAGCUGCUACCUUGACGUAGUGGU